AUGGUCUUUAUCCUCGGCGUCAAUUUCCCCGAGCGGAACCUACUAAAGAAAUCCCUUGGCUCUUUCUUUGGAAUUGGGGACCAUACCUCCUCCCGGCUACUCGCCCGCUUCAAUAUUCACCCAACCUGCCGAGUCGGCGAGCUGGCCAACAAGCAGGUCCUCGACUUGACCGCUGUGCUAUCGGAUAUGAAGAUCGAGAACGAUCUGCGCCGAGAGGUCCUGAACGAUAUUAAACGCCUGAAAGAGACGGGGACUUAUCGUGGUCGUCGCCAUGCGCUCGGUUUGCCUGUGCGAGGACAGCGGACACGCACACAGAUUAAAACCCCUGUUCGGUUGAACCGCAUGGAGCGUCGUCUAUAA